ACAUGAUCAAGAUGUUAUAAUGUUGCGCAGGAAGUUCCUCUUGGUCACUCAUCAAUCACUGCGAGCUGAUUCGGAGGACACCAACAGGGUCUCACAUCCGAUCUGACCAAGUCUCACUGAAGUCAUGGCGUGGCGUGACGUUCGAAUCAUCCAGCGACUGGGGCUGCGUGUGCCUCUUUUCCAAUCCCCCAUGGCUGGCGCGCAAGCUAGCGAUCUCGCCAUUGCUGUAGCCCGUGGAGGAGGUCUAGGUGCGAUUCCUUGUGCGCUGCUAUCCCCCGGUGCUGUCCGCGAGCAUGUGCAGCUUUUCCGAGCUGCCACAAAGGACCUAUCAGCUCCGAUCAACCUCAAUUUCUUUUGCCAUACGCUACCUCUGGCCAACCCGAAGGCUGACAAGCAGUGGCAGGACGUCCUUGCACCAUACUACCGAGAAUACGGGGUGGAUCUGACGCAACUAACGGCCGAAGGAGCAGUACGCAUGCCUUUUGAUGAGGUGAGUCUUGACCUGGUUCGAGAGCUCAAGCCGGAAGUCGUCAGCUUCCACUUCGGACUGCCAUCUCCCAUCAUGCUUCAGGGUGUCAAGGACACCGGUGCAUUCGUCAUCUCAUCGGCCACUACUGUACGCGAGGCAUUGUGGCUAGAGGAACGAGGCUGUGACGCUGUCAUCGCUCAGGGGCUCGAAGCAGGUGGGCAUCGUGGGGUCUUCUUGCCAAGAAAAGAUGGUGAACCAGUGGCUGACACGCUGGAGUAUCGGAACAGCUCUAUGGACUUCCCUCGACAGACAGGAACGAUGUCCUUGGUCCCUCAAAUAGUGGACGCAGUGAAGGUUCCAGUCAUCGCAGCAGGUGGAAUCGGCGAUGCUCGUGGCAUCUUGGCUGCUAGUGCACUGGGAGCUGCUGCGGUGCAGAUGGGGACAGUAUUUCUACUCGCAGAUGAAGCGAAGACGUCAGCUUUGCAUCGUAAAGUGUUGAAGCGAGCUGCUAAUGCUACUGGCGAGGAAGCUGUGGAGACAGCUCUCACGAAUAUUUUCUCUGGUCGACCUGCUAGGGGAUUCGUGACGCGCGUGAUGCGAGAGUUUGGGCCGAUGUGUGCUAUAGCACCGGAAUUCCCGACCGCUGGAGCUCCACUUGCCGCUCUCAAGAAGGCCGCGGAGGCUAAUGGAGAUACGUCGUUCUCGUCGCUGUGGUCGGGACAAUCUCCUGGCUACGCACAGGAGAAAUCGGGUGAGAUCAUUGUGCGGUCGAUUAUUGAAGAACUGGAUGUGCUGGUGAAGGUAGCCAAAAAUUAGGGAUCUCUUAGUUAUCUGCAAGCCGUGAUAUGUUCUGCUUGCUAGUAUGAAACCCUUGGUACUAGUCUGUCGAUGACCAAAUCAAGCGUGAACAGUAAUACUCUAGUUGCACUUGAAUCCAAAUAGAAUUGUUUUUUUC